AUGUCCUCGCCGUCCACAGACGUUCCUGUCCCGACAUACUCGACGACCAACAACAAUGACCUCCUAAAGCGCAUCGAAGCGUCCUCUUGCGUCAAGUUUCCCAUCCUCCACUCCCCCGCUAGUUGCUCGACAAAUUUACGGCGCCUUAUCCACAACGCAAAUUGUGAGAAUCACUACGAAGCCUACCACAUCGAGGCAGACAUUGUUGACGCGUUCUUUCUCGCUAUCGAAAAGGGCCACGAUGACGUUGUCGCCGAUUUCAUAGCCCGCGGAUGGGUGUCGCCCGAUACCACCAGCCGAUAUGGAGAGACGCCCUUGAUAGCAGCUGUGCGCGCCGGCAAACUACCAAUGGUCAGCCGCCUUGUCGCCCUCGGCGCAAGCGUCAAUAACUACGGUCGCGUACGAAGCGAGGAUAAAACUAUCGCGUUAGAAGACCGACCUGAGCGGACUCCGUUAAUGGUCGCUGCCGACUGCGGUCAUCUGGCUCUGGUCAAAGUCUUGAUCGAAGACUAUGGCGCCAGACACGACCUCAUCGCACCAGACGGCGCAAUCGCUCUGCGUCUCGCUGCUACGAACCGACAUCGCGAAAUCGUUCAAUAUUUGCCCCAUUUCCGCGGUGGUUCGUGGAAGAGAUGGAAACACGUGCACCACAAGCAGAUGGAGAGGCUGCGACGAGCUGCAAAGCGGCUUGCCAAGUUCCUCCUGAUAAUAUUCUGGGACUGUCCCAAGCUUUUUCUGUACGAUGCACCGAAGGAGCUCUGUCUCGCGGUCUGGAGACGUCGCCACCGGAUCAAGAAAUUCGUGAAAGAAAUACCCGGUACGAUCAAGAGAGGGAUCAUUGCGAUACCCGGGCGUAUCAAGAGCGCUGGAAAAGCAGUAUGGGAGGGUAUAAAGAAGAUUCCAUAUUGUGUGAAACGGGUUCUUCAGGCGAUCUGGGAGGCGCUGAAGAAAAUGCCUGCCGCUGUAAUGACGGUCCUGAGAUGGGUGGGUAGCGGACUAACGAACAUCGGCGAAGCCAUUGCCGACGUCUUUGCCAAGCUCUUCUCCUUCCUACACACAAUGAUCAUGGCCAUUGUCACGUUUUUUCGCCGUAUUACCCUACGGGACAUCUGGGAUGGCUUCUGCUAUCUCGCCCGCGCCAUACUAAUCGACGCGCCCAAAGCAAUCGGUGCAUUCGUUGUGUCCUUUGGCAAGAUGACCUACGAUGUUCUUACAGCGGUUUUCGGCAGUCUUGGCUCAUGUAUCUGGCAGAUUGGCGUGGGUAUACUUUGGCUGAUCAAGUAUAUCCCGCUUAGAAUCUGGACCAUGAUUGAAGCGUUGGGUACAUCGUUUGUGAAGGCUUUUGAGGAGUUGAUGGUGUUUUUCAACCCGAAGCGGAUGUGA